AAACAUCAGUUCACAUUCGUUCCCCCAGUCGAACGGACGUAUAAAAUUCGCGAUUUCUAGUCAUCAUGGGAUCACGUAAUUCCAAGUCGAAAAAAAGCUAUGAAGUAGCGCCAGCUCAAAAAAAGGCCUCAAUAAAAAGUUCGAAUAUCGAGGGGUCACCCGUUCAAUCGGACCAGUCGAAAUCCCCCACCAGUCCUCUUCCAGUUGAGGAAAAGAACUUGGGGCCAGAAUGGUUGAAUGAAACGCAAUUUGAGGAAUUACUAGCCUCCAAUGUUGAUCAUUUCUCCAAAAUAGUGGGUUUCCGGGUGAAACCCGCCAUGGCCCCUGGGGAAAACUAUGCCACGCUUAUGCUGAGGAUCAGCAUAGAUGUGGAGCUAACUGAUAAGAGCACCAAACUGGUCUCCUUCAUGAUGAAGGUUCCGCACAAAACUCCCCAAAUGGAACAGAUGUUGGCCAUGGCCAACUUCUUUGACAGCGAGAAUGCAGUUUACUCGGAUAUACUGCCCAAAUUGGAGGCGCUCUACAAGGCUAAGGGUCUGGACAUUACCUUCGCUCCCAAGGCAUUCAAGUUGGACUCCAAGAAGGAACCCAAUUUGGCCAACACCGUGCUAAUGAAUGACCUGGGACAAGAUGGUUUCAAGAACUUGAAUCGCCUCGAGUGCCUUAAUCUGGAGCAAACAAAGUUUGCCCUGAAGAAACUAGCCCAAUUUCAUGCGGCUUCUGCGAUGAGUGUUCAGGUGAAUGGACCUUUUGCGGGUAUAUUCGUAAACGGAGUUUUGGGCGGAAACAAGGAGGUUCUAAUGGCAUUCUACAAGGGAAUGAUUGAGUCCUUCCGAACAGCUUUCAUGGCCAAUCUGAAGAACUUUAAGGACGGAGAAAGCUUUAGGGAAAAAUUGGACUCUGCAUUUACUCAGAUAUUCCUGGACUUUGAACACCUGAUGAAGAGCGAUCCUAACGAGUUAAAUGUACUGAACCACGGUGAUUGCUGGAUGAAUAACUUGCUGUUCAAGUUGGACUCAAAGGGGGAAGUGGAGGAUAUGCUGUUCGUUGACUUUCAGAACCCCAAAUACGGCUCUCCCACUCAGGACUUGUUUUACCUAAUCAUCACCUCCGUGCACAUAGACUACAAGCUGGAUUAUUUUGACUUUUUCAUUCGGCAUUAUCACGAACAGUUGAUCAAACACCUUAAUCUGCUGGGUUUCACCGGCAAGCAGCCUUCUCUAAGGGAACUUCACAUUCUGAUGUUCAAGCACGGAAGUUGGGCUCUUUUCCCAUCGAUCAGCGUGCUGCCUGUGGUGCUCCUGGAUCCAAACGAAUCGGCCACCUUUGAUAAUUUCCUGGGAGACACCGAAGAUGGGGCUAAAUUUAAAAACCUUCUGUUCUCCAACAAACGUUACCAGGGAUAUAUUGAAAGGAUUCUGCCAUGGCUGUAUGAUAGGGGAUUCCUGGAAGCCUACAAUCAGUUUGUACCGCCUGAAAACCCCAACCAGAUAUUAGACUGGCUUAAUAUCAGUGACUUUGAGGAAGUAAUAUCCUCCUCCAAUCCCGAGUUUAAAAAGAUUGUCGGCGGAACUUGGACUUCGGCGACGAAACCCGGAGACAAUUUUGCGUCUAAACUUUUGAAAGUUGAUAUAGAGGCAGAACUAAAAGAUAACAGCGCCAAGACUUUCUCCUACAUACUGAAAGUACAACCAAAAGCUACCCCUGACAAUUUCACUGAUGCAAACAUGUUUCCCAAAGAAAUGGAAAUGUACCGCAAAUAUGUGCCAGCCUUUGAAAAACUCUAUAAAGAUGCGGGACAGACGAUCAACUUUAGUGCAAAGUCCUUUGUUCUAAGUAAACCUGUUAAAGAGGAAUAUCUGCUAAUGGAGAAUCUACAAACAAAGGGCUUCAAGAUGGCCGAUCGCAUGAAAGGAUUGGACAUGGAGCACACCAAGAGCACACUGAAGAAACUGGCCCAAUGGCAUGCGGCUUCUAUAAAGUACAAGGAGCUCAAUGGACCCUAUUCCCCGUUGUACAACGAUGGAAUCUAUAUUGAACAGACGCGCGACAUCUUCCACAAUAUGUUUGCUAUGGCCAAGAAUUCGUAUAUUAAAAUAUUUGAAAAGUUUGAGGGCGCUGAGGAAUAUCUGCCUAAGCUGCCAUGGAUCUUGGACAACCAUGUAGACCAGGUCCUCGAAGAUGCCAAAGUCAAUGAGAAGGAGUUCAAUGUGCUUAACCACGGAGAUGCGUGGGUAAACAACAUCAUGUUCCAAUACGACUCAGAGGGUCGUCUCAAGGAAACCUUUCUGCUGGAUCAUCAGAAUGCCAAGUACGGCAAUCCAGCUCAAGAUCUUUACUAUUUCCUGAUGAGUUCCGCAGAGCUGGACAUCAAGGUCGAUCAGUUUGACUAUCUAAUCAGGUGGUAUCACGAAAAUUUGGUAGAGCAUUGCAAUUUGUUGAAAUACAACGGAUUUGUUCCCUCUCUCAACGAACUUCACAGCAUAUUGAUAGACCAUCCAGCUUUUGCUGUUGGCACUGUCAUCAGUACCCUGACCGUUUGCCUGACCGAUGAGGGCUACAGUCCCGAGAUAUUCUUCGUCGAGACUCCGGAAUCCGAAGCCUUUAGACAACAGCUUCUCGGCAACAAUCGUUAUAAAGCCCAUAUUCAGCGGAUUAUGCCUUGGCUAAAUAGGAGAGGUCUUCUGGACCCCUAAAGUUCUAUCCAAAAUGUGAUAUAUCUUGUUUCAUUUCCCUAAUAUAACGUUUAUUACACUGUUCACCAAUGAUUA